AUGGUUGGAUUUAAACCUGCUGAUGUGCCUCCAUCGGCAGCUGUGAAGUUUUUGGGAGCAGGAACUGCAGCCUGUAUCGCUGACCUCCUCACCUUUCCCUUGGACACAGCCAAAGUGCGACUGCAGAUUCAAGGGGAGGCCAUAGCCUCUCCAGCAGCAGGGAAUGGGUCAGCGGUGAGGUAUCGAGGUGUGUUUGGCACCAUCACUACCAUGGUGCGCACCGAGGGACCCAGGAGUCUUUACAGUGGACUGGUGGCAGGACUCCAGAGGCAGAUGAGCUUUGCCUCUGUCCGCAUUGGCCUCUACGACUCUGUAAAGCAGUUCUACACCAGAGGCUCUGAGAAUGUAGGCCUUGGCAUUCGGCUGCUUGCGGGAUGUACCACAGGUGCCAUGGCGGUUGUGAUAGCUCAGCCCACAGAUGUGGUGAAAGUCCGCUUCCAGGCACAGGGCAGGUCCUCUGGGGUCGCCAGACGCUACUGUAGCACAAUUGAUGCUUACAGGACCAUCGCUAAGGAAGAAGGCAUCCGUGGCCUUUGGAAAGGUACAGCUCCAAACACUUUACGGAACGCAACGGUCAACUGCACAGAACUGGUGACGUACGACUUCAUCAAGGAAACACUUCUAAAGUCCACGCCCCUGACAGACAACCUGCCCUGCCACUUUCUCUCAGCCUUCGGUGCAGGGUUAUGCACGACAGUCAUCGCUUCACCUGUCGAUGUGGUCAAGACAAGAUAUAUGAACUCUCCUCUUGGCCACUACAGAAGCGUCUUGAACUGUGCUGCUACAAUGAUGACCAAGGAAGGACCACUUGCCUUUUAUAAGGGGUUCAUGCCCUCUUUCUUACGCCUGGGCUCCUGGAACGUGGUGAUGUUUGUGACAUACGAGCAGCUGAAACGGGCCAUGACGGCAGCAAAUCACAACUGCACAUGA